UUGUAGUUGAACCCGAGGACCCGUGACGAUUCACCGGAUUUUUCCGGUUAGAUUCAUGCAUUUACUGGAUAAACCAGUUUAUCGAAUUUAUAACUUUGGUUUUUCAGAAGCCACAUAAUAGCGCAUAGUGAAGAGAGAGAAUCUAAAAUGGUAUGGUGCCUUGCCAGCUAUCAAGUUUAAGAAUCAAACCUUUCUCUGAGGUCAAAGCUGGCAAUUUUCCCUUAUUUACUACGCUUUCUUUGUAUCAUUUGCAGAUUUAAAUAUCAACCCUUUCCUCCAUUUUCCUCUCAUACAGUCUCUCCCCCCCCCCCCCCAAUUCAGUUCCCAUUUCCCUCUAUCCCCUUUCGCUCUCUCUCUCUCUAUAUGUAUACUUUGAGAGCAAGAAAGGAAAAGAAAGGUUAAUGAUUUGAUUGAUUCUGAUUAUUCUCCCUCAACAAGGAUAUAGCAAAGAACAAAAACAACCCAUGGCUGUGUCUCCAUGUUUGAGUGGUAAUGAUCAGAAGAAACACUGGUGGCUUACCAAUAGAAAGCUUGUAGAUAAGUACAUUAAGGAUGCAAGGUGCCUCAUUGCAACGCAAGAACACAACGAGGUAGCUUCAGCUCUCAAUCUUCUUGAUGCAGCUUUGGCUCUUUCGCCUCGUUUGGAGGUUGCUCUUGAACUCAAAGCGAGAUCUUUGCUCUACCUAAGGCGUUUUAGGGAUGUUGUUGACAUGCUUCAAGACUAUAUUCCCAGUCUCAAAAUCUCAACCGACGACUCUGGCUCGGUUUCCUCUGAUAACUCCUCUCACCAGCUCUCCAGGGAGCGAGUCAAGCUUUUACCUUCUAAUGACUCGUCCUCUGACUCAUCGAGUCGUGACCCAUCUUUCAAGUGCUUUUCUGUUUCGGACUUGAAGAAGAAAGUCAUGGCGGGGUUGUGUAAAAGCUGCGACAAAGAAGGCAAAUGGAGGUACUUGGUUCUAGGCCAAGCAUGUUGCCACCUAGGCUUAAUGGAGGACGCCAUGGUUCUCCUCCAAACAGGCAAACGCCUCGCUUCCGCCGCGUUCCGCCGUGAGAGCAUUUGUUGGUCCGACGAUAGCUUCUCCCUCCCCACCGCUAUUGCCCUUUCAGACAUCUCCUCUGCUGCCACAACACCUCCUUCCACGCCUCCACACAAUCCUACAUCUUUCUCCGAAUCCGAAAACAUUUCCCAGCUUCUAUCCCACAUCAAGCUCCUCAUCCGCCGUAGAACUGCUGCCAUUGCGGCCUUAGAUGCUGGCCUAUACUCCGAAGCCAUCCGCCAUUUCUCCAAAAUAGUAGACGGUCGCCGCCCUGCCCCUCAGGGCUUCCUUGCAGAGUGUUAUUUGCAUCGAGCCUACGCCUACAAGGCCUCAGGUCGCAUAGCUGAGUCAAUUUCGGAUUGCAACAAAACGCUUGCUCUUGAUCCAACUAGCAUCCAAGCCCUUGACACCAGGGCAUCGCUGUUGGAAACCAUCCGCUGUUUACCCGACUGUUUGCACGACUUUGAACACUUGAAACUGCUUUACAAUUCCAUCUUGCGAGACAGGAAGCUCCCAGGUCCAGCCUGGAAGCGUCACAAUGUGAGAUACAGGGAGAUUCCAGGGAAACUCUGUGCAUUAACCACUAAAAUUCAACAAUUGAAACAAAGGGUUGCUUCUGGGGAGACCGGAAACGUUGAUUACCAUGCCUUGAUUGGUUUAAGGCGUGGAUGCUCAAGGUCUGAAUUAGAGAGGGCUCAUUUGCUACUCUGUUUAAGACACAAACCAGAGAAAGCUACCAACUUCGUUGAUCGAUGUGAGUUCGCCGAUGAGCGUGACCUCGAUUCGGUUAAAGACAGAACCAAGAUGUCGGCUUUGCUUCUUUACAGGUUGCUUCAGAAAGGUUAUGCCAGCGUUAUGUCCACGAUUAUGGAUGAAGAAUCGGCUGAGAGGCAAAGGAAGAAAGCUGCAGCUGCUUUACAAGCAGCACAGGCAGCAAUUCAUGUGCAGCAAACCCAGUAUUGUAACUCUAAAUUGGAACCUGAAACUAGUCCCACUUCUUCAACAAAUCCAUCAGGUUGCAAUAACAGGGGUAACCGCAGUGAAAGCAAGACCAACGCGGUUAGUUCCAACACAAACGUGUUUCAAGGUGUAUUUUGCAGGGAUCUAGCUGCAGUUGGGAAUCUAUUAUCACAGGUUGGGUUCAAUCGUCCACUCCAAGUGAAAUAUGAGGCACUCAGCUGCUGAUUUUCUUGUGAUGUUUACCGGCAGAAAAAUCUGUGGUUCGUUAUCCUUGUUUGUACAAAUAUAUAUUGUUAGUGUUAUCUGCCGGAAAAUUUUGUCAUCCUCUUUCUCUUCUUCCAUCUACUACCUGUACAGAAAUAAAUUUUCAUUACUGAAUAUCCUAUUCCUAUCCUACUUUUGGGGUACAUUUCCUUGGCCUAAACGCCAUUGUUUUCCGAUUUCAGUUGAUAUUAAUCCACGAGAUUGGCACAAAACAGUACUUGCGAUAUGGCCAGAAAAAAUAAAAUUGAGUUAGAAGCUAGAGUUUUGGCUUCUUUUAUCUGUCUU